AUGAGUUUCAUGGGCGAGCAGUCCAUUGAAUGCACUUUCACAACACUGCGUGCCGUGUCUCCGCAGAUGAGACUGGAUGCGGAUGCGUUGAUGGGCAACCUUGGCGUUGAACAGAAUUGCUGUGGUGUGGUGGUGACAGACAACCAUCUGGUGUACACGGUCACUGCGGCGACGAAAAUCUCAACUCGUCAACGGCUUGCACCCUCGUGGUGGUGGGUGGAUUGGUGCGGCCUGCCGCCGGACGCCACCGUCGACAACGUACGCGACAUCUUCCGCUUCAGGUAG